AGAAGAAAAAGUGAUUUUGAAUAGUGUUACGGGUUUUGGAGAGUUUGGAUGUUUGACAGGAGUUAUGGGUCCGUCGGGUGCGGGACUCACAUCACUGUUGAUGUGUUUGAAUGGUAUGAAUAACAGAAGAUUAGGCGCCAAAACACGGAUUCGUUUGAGUCGUGACCACAAAAUCAGAUCCGCUUUUAUCGGACACAACGAGAAAGACUUUCUAGUAAUGGGUUUAACGGCUAAACAAAACAUGAUUUACGCCUCGAGACUGAAAAACAGUGAUUUAGGACCUGAAGGACAGGCAUUUGACCACCAGAUGAAUGUGUCGGCAAUAAUGGCCGACCUAUUGAUGAGCGACACAAUGAACACUCGGGCCGAUCGAUGCAGUGGUGGUGAACAGAAACGACUGGCCAUUGCUGUCGAGUUGACGGCAUUUCACAAACCAAACCUCAUAUUAUUUGAUGAGCCGACCACUGGUUUAGACAGUAAUGUCGCUGAAGUGGUAAUUCAGUGUAUAAAAAGUUUGGCCCAAAAGCACAACAUAUGUAUUAUAGCGACUAUACAUCAGCCAAAUUCAGAUGUAUUGCAAAUGUUUGACAAUUUGUAUGUAUUGGCAAAGGGAGGACAGUGUGUAUACUUCGGCCCACCCGUCCAUUUACGGCAUCACUUGAGCUCAUCCAACAUUGUCUGCAAUGAGAAUCAGGUGCCGAUCGAACACUUGUUGACCAUCGCAUCCAAAGGUAUGGAAGACACAGAUGUGGUUCAGUUGAGGGAAAGGACAAUACAAUCAGUGAAUCAAUUGAUUCAAAGCAAGACUAAUGAGACAAUUGACAAACAAAUACAACCAAAAAGUAAACGAUUUCUGUUCAAAGAUGUGUUUGUCUUAACCCAGCGAUGGAUUACAGAGUUUUACUCAUAUCGAUGGCGGAUAUAUCUGUUGAAUAUGACAGUCCUUGUGUUGGGUGCGACCACUUUGGCACUUAACGAUUUCUGUUCAAAGAUGUGUUUAUCU